CAAAUCCCACACGUUAAUGUCAAUUGGAAGUUGAGGAAUCUAUAUAAUUGAACUUGUUCUUUUAAAUUAAAAUGCAACUCUGGCAAGGAUCGAUCAUCUCUUUUGUCAUUCCAGCUUUGUGAGGAAUUAAAUUGAAAAUCUAUUCAAUAUGCCAACUAGAGGUUCAUGGCUAACUAUGAAAUUCAGAACUGUUGUUGAUGUAGUUCGAGUCAGCAGAUUCCAAUCAAGCUAUGGUGGACUAAAAAGAAAUAGUCCAAUUGUGUCAGCAGCUAGGGUGGAACGUCGUUAUUGGAUGUAUCCUAGAAUGCAAUUAUUUAGCACCAAUAGCAAUAAGAGCACUAACGCAAAUAGUUGUGGAGUAAAGAAUGCCAAGGUUCAACCUGAAGGCCCUGCUUCUACAAUGUUCACAUUCCCUUCUUGGCUAAGAUGGGUUUUGGGCUCGGUACUUUCUCUCGUGCUACCUUUCUGGAAAUAUUGGCAAAAAUUUCAGAUGAUAGAAGAAGAGGCAGAGGUUGUGGUUGAAGAGGUUGAAGAAGUGGCAAAAGUAGUAGAAAAAGUGGCAAUGGUAGCAGAGAAGGUAUCUGAAGAUGUGGCAGAGAUGUUUCCAAAAGAUAGUAAUCUACAUAAUGCAGCUUUGGUGCUAGAACGUGCAUCAGAACAUGCUGCUCAUGGUGCACAACAAACAGAAGAGUUUAUACACAAGGUUGAAGAGCUCAAGAAUGACCUGGAUGGUUUAGAAUCCUUUGUUGAACCUGUAAUUGAGAAGAUUGUGAAGAAACAACAUGGAAAGAACUGAUGCCAAAAAAUACAAUUACUUUUCUUGUACGUCAUUCAUUGAUUGAUUGUAUUUCUGUACUUACAAUGCGUGUUAAUUUUCUGUAGUGUCAAUCUGUGUUGCUUGUAAAUUGUUUGCCAGAUUGUUUUAAUUUAGUGUUGACUACUCAAAGCAAUAGAUAAAAAAGAAAAGCAAUAGAUACCUUUUGACUUUUGUACGAAACUUGUAAUUGUAAAGGAUUUUUUAUUUUUUA